UAGUGUGCCUUUUUAGAGAUUCCAAUCAAACAACUGCAGCUUGCAAAGUGGCCCCAUCAUGUCUUCAUAGCAUGUAUAGUGUUCUUUCAGCUACAGGCAGACAGAAAACGGACUAAAAUCUCACACCCUAUCUAGCAACUGUAAAUAAUUAUUUAUCGUUUGUUAUGAAUCUGUAUCAGGUCUCCAUUUAGUUAUUAAAUAUUAUGUGAGAAAGGUCUGUUGCACCAAAAUCGUUGAUUUGAUCAAAUCCAAUGGGUAUCGAACAGAUCACUAAAAUAUCAAUUUAAGCCGUGGAUUAACAGUACUAUUUAAUGUGACUGAUCCUGGGGAUGCUAUAGAAAAUGAUUUUGUCUAUACAGCAGAGAAACAGAUGCAUCUUUUUUAAUUUCCAUGUGAUUGUGUGAAUCACUAUUGUUUUAGUUGAACAUGUUUCAGUAGUUAGAACAUGAUAUUCUACAGGUGUGUAUGAGAAUGUAUUCUCAUGUCGCUGCCUUUCUAAUCUCCCCUGCAAAGUGAGGGAGUUCCAUCAUAAAAGGGGGAGGGUACUACAUAUAGUACAGCAGCAUACAAAUAUAAAGGCUAGUCCACCUAGGGAUUUCUUCACAGACGGCCGCAUGAUAAUCUCAAUCCGUGCCCAUUAGUGCACUGAGAGAGAAGAGGGUUCAACAGAGAGAGCGAGGCAGAGACAUAAACAGAGAGCAAGUGGGAGAGAACUUUAAAGGGAUUUGGCAGUGAUUUGUAGAAUCUCAGUGGCAUAAUAUGGUGUUUUUUCUACUUUUCCGUGAUUCAGACAAUGCUAUACACUAAAGCCUCGAAAGCCAAAAUGUUCUAUCCUUUUUUGCUAACUAAAAAAAAUGUUAUGUUAUUGAAGAUUUGAGUCCAUUCCAGUUAUUUUUUUAGAAAAUACAUAUAAUAUCUGAGAUGUUAAUGGAUUUACUUUUUGCUAAAACAAUGAAGAAUCUGGCACUGAACAUCAUCACAUAUUGAAUAUGGGAAUAGACCUGUUUGGGAGUGUUGGAGUGAUGGAUGAAAUCAAGGCUGGUCCAAAUGGAAUGUUCAGGUAUCACAUGUAGAGGGAGAAGCCUGGUACUUUAACACUGGAUACAGGAACCUUUGGUGGCCAGAAUCAUGAUAUCACAGUGCCACACAUCACCGUUCUGCUGUCGGUUUGGUCCACUGUUUGGAUGCCAUGUAACUACAUUGCUCAGGUUACUGUGGAUGCUGUUUCUGGGUCUAAGUCCAUAUGCAUGGGCUCAGCAGGGCACACAACCACACUCCAUCAAGAUCAAGGGGGACAUCACCCUGGGUGGCCUGUUUCCAGUGCACUCCCGUGGGCCAGCCGGUGUGCCCUGUGGGGAGAUCAAGAGGGAGAAGGGGAUCCACCGAAUGGAGGCCAUGCUGUAUGCGCUGGAUCAGAUCAACAGUGACCCUGACCUCCUUCCUAACAUCACCCUGGGGGCCAUGGUCCUGGACACCUGCUCCAGAGACACCUACGCUCUGGAGCAGUCACUCACCUUCGUCCAGGCCCUCAUCCAGAAGGAUAACUCAGACGUGCGUUGCUCCAACAAUGAGCCACCCAUUAUUCGCAAACCAGAGAGGGUGGUGGGAGUAAUCGGGGCAUCAGGCAGCUCUGUGUCCAUCAUGGUGGCCAACGUGCUGAGACUCUUUGCGAUCCCCCAGAUUAGUUAUGCGUCCACGGCUCCAGAGCUGAGUGACAAAAGUCGUUAUGAGUUCUUCUCCCGCGUGGUCCCUCCUGACUCCUACCAGGCCCAGGCCAUGGUGGACAUCGUCAAGGCUAUGGGGUGGAACUAUGUAUCUACACUGGCCUCAGAAGGAAACUACGGUGAGAGCGGCGUCGAUGCCUUCCUCCAGAUUUCACGAGAGGCAGGAGGUUUAUGCAUCGGCCAAUCCAUCAAAAUCCCUCGAGAGCCGAAACCAGGUGGAUUUGAUAAGAUCAUCAAGAGACUAAUGGAGACCUCUAAUGCUCGUGGGGUCAUCAUCUUUGCCAAUGAGGACGACAUCAGACGUGUCUUGGAGGCAGCAAAGAGGGCUAACCUGACGGGUCACUUCCUGUUUGUGGGCUCUGACAGCUGGGGGGCCAAGAGCUCCCCCAUCCUGGACCAGGAGGAUGUGGCUGAGGGGGCUGUCACCAUCCUCCCCAAGAGGGCCUCCAUCGAUGGGUUCGACAACUACUUCACCUCGAGAUCUCUGAAAAACAACAGAAGGAACAUCUGGUUUGCAGAAUACUGGGAGGACGACUUCAAAUGUAAACUCACUCGACCAGGUAUCAAGUACGACCUUGGUAGAAGAAAAUGUACAGGGGAAGAGAGAAUCGCACAGGAAUCUCAGUACGAGCAGGAAGGGAAAGUACAGUUUGUGAUAGACGCGGUGUAUGCCAUGGCCCAUGCCUUACAUAGCAUGCACCUGGACCUCUGUCCGGGCUCCAUGGGCAUCUGUGAGAAGAUGGACCCAGUGGAAGGGAGUCAGCUGCUCCAUUACAUUCGCUCAGUCAACUUUAAUGGCAGUGCAGGGACUGGGGUAAUGUUCAAUGAGAAUGGAGAUGCUCCUGGUCGCUAUGACAUCUUCCAGUUCCAACUUUCCAACACCACCAACCCUGGGUACCGGUGUAUUGGCCAGUGGACAAACAAUCUGCGACUCAAUGCUGAGGAGAUGCAAUGGUCGGGCGGGGACCGUGCAGUCCCUGACUCUGUAUGCAGUUUCCCCUGUGAGCUAGGAGAGAGGAAGAAGAUGGUGAAGGGUGUACCCUGUUGCUGGCACUGCGAACUGUGUGACGGAUAUCAAUACCAGCUGGAUGAGCUAAACUGUGACAUGUGUCCCUUCGAUAUGCGUCCCAUGCCAAACCGAACGGGCUGCCGGUCCACACCCAUCAUUAAACUGGAGUGGAGCUCCCCCUGGGCCAUCAUCCCUGUGUUCCUGGCUGUCCUGGGCAUCCUGGCCACCUCCGGAUGCAUCAUCACCUUCAUCCGCUUUAACGACACCCCCAUCGUCCGAGCCUCCGGUCGGGAGCUCAGCUAUGUUCUCCUGACAGGCAUCUUCCUCAUCUACCUGAUCACCUUCCUCAUGAUCGCAGAGCCCAGCGCCCCAGUGUGUGCAUUCCGCAGGCUGCUGCUGGGCCUGGGCAUGUGUAUUACCUACUCAGCUAUGCUCACCAAGACAAACCGCAUUUACCGUAUUUUUGAGCAGGGCAAGAAAGCAGUCACGCCACCUCCAUUCAUCAGCCCUGCUUCUCAGCUGAUCAUCACCUUCAUACUCAUUGGAGUGCAGUUACUUGGCAUUUUCAUCUGGUUCGGAGUGGUGCCCCCACACACCAUCAUAGACUAUGAGGAGCAGCGGCCGCCCAACCCAGAGUUUGCACGUGGGGUCCUGAAAUGUGACAUGUCCGACCUGGCCCUGGUCCUCUGCUUGAGCUACAGUAUCGUGCUGAUGGUGACCUGCACUGUGUAUGCCAUCAAGAGCAGAGGGGUGCCAGAGACCUUCAACGAGGCCAAGCCCAUUGGCUUCACCAUGUACACCACCUGUAUCAUCUGGCUGGCCUUUGUGCCCAUCUUCUUUGGUACAGCACAGUCUACUGAGAAGAUGUUCAUCCAGACCACCACCCUGACGGUGUCCAUGAGCCUGAGUGCCACUGUGUCCCUGGGCAUGUUGUACGUCCCUAAGGUCUAUGUCAUCAUCUUCCAACCGGAGCAGAACGUACAGAAACGCAAGCGCAGCUCCAAGGCUGUGGCUUCCACAGUGACCUCACAACUCUCCCAGAAAGACGACAAGCAGAACGGAGAGUCCAAAAGUAGUGCCAUAGUGCCUGACCGAUCACAAUAAUCCAGCAGGAAACCAGAGAUGAAUACGACACCUGGCACCUAACAGACGACAGUUUAUAAUGGUCUCCCUUGGCAAAGCACUCCCUCACAUGCAGAGAGGGGGCUCCCGAGUGGCGCAGCGGUCUAAGGCAUCACUACAGACCCUGGUUCGAUUCCAGACUGUAUCACAACU